AUGUAUUUCUCGAGGGGUCCUGGAACGUUGAAGCUCACUCCGAAGUUAUUUGCUGAGAAUCGAAACCGUCUGGUGAAUUCUCUAAGGACUAAAUGCAAAAAAGGCACCGCAGUGCUUCUACAAGGUGGCUCACAUCAAGAAAGAUAUAAUAUUGACUCAACUGAUUACGUUUUUCGUCAGGAGUCGUAUUUCUUUUGGGCGUUUGGCGUGCAUGAGCCAGACUUCUAUGGUGCCAUUGAUAUAGACACAGGACGUUCGAUUUUAUUCGCUCCGAAACUCGAUCCUGAUUACGAAAUAUGGCACGGAAGAAUUGAAUCAGCUGAGUGGUUCCGCACUAAAUACGAAGUGGACGAAGUACAUAUUAGUGAUGAGAAUACUGUAGCUGAGACUCUCAAGAAAAUGGGAUUUCAUCAUCUUCUACUAUUGAGAGCCGAAAAUACAGACAGUGGUAAUGUUUUGCCACCGGCCAGAUUCAAAGGAUCCAAUUUCUUCACUCUCGACACAGAAACGUUGUAUCCAAUCAUCACUAAUUUACGUGUUUUUAAGACGGACAGUGAGCUUGAAGUGAUGCGAUAUGCUUGUAAGGUUUCUGCAGACGCACAUCGAGCAGCAAUGUCGGUUGCGAAACCGGGCAUGUAUCAGUAUCAAAUGGAAAGUGGUGCGGAUUGCGCGAUACUUGACUACGGUCACGCGAAUGCACCGAAUUAUCACAAAAUGAACGAUGGUGAUAUGUGUCUAUUCGAUUGUGGAUGCGAAUACAAUUGUUACGCAUCUGAUAUCACAACAUCGUUUCCGGUUAAUGGAAAAUUCACGGAAAAGCAAAAAGGAAUAUACAAUGCGGUACUUCAUGCAAAUCAUGCAGUUUUUGAAAAUGCUAAACCAGGUGUUCGGUGGACUGAUAUGCAUUUAUUGGCCGAGAAGACAAUGCUAUCAGAUCUGAAAAAUAUUGGCUUAUUAAAAGGUGACGUUGAUGAAAUGGUGAAAGCGAGGAUAGGCGCUGUAUUCAUGCCGCAUGGAUUGGGUCAUUUUAUCGGAUUGGAUGAUCACGACGUUGGAGGAUAUCUUGGAGAUGCGACUCCCCGUUCAACCGAACCUGGAUUGAAAUGUUUGAGAACGACGCGUACGCUUCAAGAACGAAUUGUGAUCAGUAUAGAACCUGGGUGUUACUUCAUUGAUACGGUACGUAUCGAGGACGACGUUAUAAUAUGGGCACAUGGAAACGAACGCAUGACAAAUGUACCACGAACGGUCAAUGAAAUUGAAUUAUUCAUGAAGACCAAUAAACAAUAG